AUGGACUCCUUGCGCGCGACGCUCUCCGGCGUCGCCGGGAACGGCGACGGCAGGGUGUUCGCGUACAGCGCGUCGUGGUUAAACUACGAGCAGUACAAAACGAUCGAGGAGGAAGCGCUACGGAACAUCUCGAGCACGAUGGCGGUCAUGGUGGCCAUCAUCGCGUUUCUUCUCGUGAACCCCAAAGCCGUGCUCGUCGUGUGCCUGUGCCUGUGCCUCAUCAUCAUCAACAUCAUCGGGUACAUGUACUUUUGGGAUUUAAAUUUCGACUCCGUGACGAUCAUCAUGUUGAUCAUCGCGCUCGGGUUGAGCGUCGACUACGCCGCGCACAUCGGACGCGCGUACUUGGAGACGAGAGGCUCCCCGGAUGAACGACUGAAGGCGUGCUUGAACAACAUGGGCGCCGCCGUCUUCAACGGCGCCUUCUCCACGUUUCUCGCCGUCGCCGUGCUCGGCGGGUCGCAGUCGUACGUGUUCAUCACGUUCUUCCGGCAGCUCUUCUUGUGCAUCACGCUGGGUUUGUCCCACGGGUUGAUCCUCCUUCCCGUGUUGAUGUCUCUGGUGAACCCGAAGCCGUACGCGCAACACACGGCGGCGUAUUGA